GCUCUUGGGUAUUUUAAGGCGCGAGUCACUCGGGUCGCCUGACUUCCAUCGCGUGGUGUUCCAGUCCUUGCGUUCUCGGCCAUCUGCUUCCCAGGGGCCAUCAGCCAUGGGUCCCUGGUCCCACUACUUGCGCGCCGCCCUUCUGCUGGUGCUUUGGGGAGUCUGCACAGUGCGCUCCGACACUCCUGCCAACUGCACCUACCCUGACCUGUUGGGCACCUGGGUUUUCCAGGUGGGCCCUAGACAUUCCCGAAGCGACAUUAACUGCUCGAUGACGGAACCAACAGAAGAAAAGGUAGUGAUACACCUUAAGAAGUUGGAUACUGCCUACGAUAAACUGGGCAAUUCUGGGCAUUUCACCCUCAUUUACAACCAAGGCUUCGAGAUUGUGUUGAAUGACUAUAAAUGGUUUGCGUUCUUCAAGGAUGUCACUGAUUUUAUCAAUCAGUUGUUCAUGCAGCUGGGAACUGUGGGAAUGUAUGAUUUGCCACAUCUGAGGAACAAACUGGUUUUUGUCUUGUAGUUAUUAAAUAGAUCAUCUGUUGGGAGGCUCUUUUAAAACCACAGCCAAGAACAGACUUUGGCUUAAGAGACAAACAGUUGGAUCUACCUCUAGCAGCUAGCAGAGGCCAUGGCAGCUACAAUCCCUUCUGGAAUCUGUUUGCAUGUAAAAUGCAGAGGCGUCCUGGUGACCCACCUCCAAGGCAACUGCCCUCCUGACGGAUUCCUUGGAAAACAGUAAUCACCACUGUGGAAUUUGAACCACCAGAAGCUGCACAAAAUAAAGGAAAAACAUUGUGGAAGAGAUGAAGCCUCAGGGGGGCUUCAGCAUUUAGUGCUUUCAUAAAGGGACAAUUCAUAACAUAUCCAGUGUUUUCCCUUUUGUUUUGUUUCAUGUUUUUUUUUUUCCUACUUGAAUACUGUUUUGUUGAAAUAGUUUGUCCAAACUGGACAGAAUUUGGAUUUUUGAUUUUGUGACCUUUUAUUUUUUUCUGUGUUUUGUCACACUGAAAAUUUUACUCAGUUAACUUGUCUCUUCCUGGGUGCCUUCACUUUUUAAAAUUACUUUGAGAUACUCCAAAGGUAGAAAGAUUUGGGAUGACAUGAAAUGGAGAGAUAUUAAUUAUUGAGGUCCUGUGGAUACUACAUCAAAGGAGGAAAGAUGCUUUCUUAGCCAUAUACUAAAAGCUGUAUCUUGCAGAGAGCGAAUCUUCAGUGCUCCCAGACAGAAAGAUGGUAUGGUUAGUGCUUUUUGGUUUCUAUACUUUUUUCUUCUCUUUUCUGUUCUCUUUUCCUCUUUUGUUUCUUCAUUUUGUUUUUUUAAAUUAGGUGCUAGCUUUUGCUAAGAACUUGACAUACUAUGAAUUUGAAAGCUCUUUGAAACUGAUAGAACUAGUCUCAUUUAAAAGUUAGUAAUGGUUAGUCUCCCAUAAUGCUGAAGCUCCUACAGUUUCUGGCUAUAAAAUGAUCAUCCUAAUCUUUCAAACCUAAGGACUUCAUUGGGGCUAAAAAGAAAAGUCAUAUCAAAAAAGUAAAUGGUUUCUAGAACCACAUUUAGGUAGUUUUUUUGGUACAUUCCAGUGCAGAAGCAUCAUGAAUGUUAGUUCAGUGGGGGUGAUAGAAUAUAUAUUGCAUUGGCUGUUACUGAAGUCUUAGGAAAGUGCCUUUCCAGUUUAUGUUUCCUUACCACUGAGUCCACUCACUUUCUUGUUUUUGAGUUCUUGCAUUCAGCUAGUAACAUUAACUUGGCUUUCCCCUUAGCACUCCCACACACUGGAAAUCAAGCUGUUAAAACUUCAGUAUCAAUCCCAAUGAAAUCCCUUGUGAAACUGACUUUCUUUAAUUGUACUAUUGUUCAGUCUGAUUGCUAUCUUCUAGCUUUUCCUGCUAAGUAGCAGAGUCAUUUCCUUCUCACUUGGUUUCCAGCUGACUUGGAAGACAUAAAAGGCUUGUGUACCUAGCCCAUGUCAUCCACUUUGCUUUUCUUUUGUGGCUUAGUUAGCUCAGAAGAUUGUGUAUAUGAGUCAUAAACACUAUUUUAUGCCAUGUCAGAUUUACUUAUUUGGUCAUCUUUCUUUUUUUUUCUGUCUUGCCUCUGGACCUGAUAGUCUUCAACAUCUAGGAUGCAUUUGUCACUUCACUGAGAGAGAAUCUAUUAAUAAUUCCCCUUGUUUUCUAUAGGUACAUCUAGUUUGAAUUUAUAAAGUAUUGGUCUGGUGCCUUUAUCUUCUGGGAUGGACAUCUGCUUUUCUCUAUUUAUCUUUAUUACCUAAUGCAAAUAGUACUUCAUAGGUCUGGGAAAGUACAGUAUACUUCUCUUUUUGCAGACAUUUUACAUGUAGUUCUAGCCUAUAAAGUAUCAACUACUUUUCUUGUGUUGUCAUAAAACAUGACUAAAGAGACUUAUCAAAUAAAGUAUUUGAUGUGGCUGACAGUUUAAGAAGUUUAAAGUCCAUGCGGAAAGAGUGAAAAGAUCGCUUAGAGUUCAUAUCUUCAUCCAAAAGUACUAGGCAAAGAGACCUAACUAGGAAUCAUGUAGUUGCUGAAACCUUAAAGCCCACAUACACUCCUCUUCCAAUGCUUCCUCCAACAAGGACACACCUCCUAAUCCUUCCCAAAGAGUUCUACCAAGUGGAGACAAAGUAUUUAAUUCUAUGAACCUAUGGGGAAGGGAGAGUACUCUCACUAAAACCAAUAGGCAACACAUUACUUUUCUUGGGCUCUAGAAACACUAUCCAAGGAUGGCAGUAUGUUCUUUUUGUUCUCUGUUCUAAGAAAUAUUAUCAGGUUUCUUGUCUGCAGAGCCCUUAUAUUUUAUAUUUAUUUACCUACAGAGUUAUAUAUUUUAAAGUUGAUUUUCAAGGUCUAAAAAUGAGAGAGAGAGAGAGAGAGAGAGAGAGAGAGAGAGAGAGAGAGAGAGAGACUGAGAGAGACUUGCUUUGAAAAGUAUUUUAAUUUAAAUUGUUUUCCUCUGUGUAAUUUGGUGUAUAAAUGUUUAUGAGGGCAAAUUAGUGGGUACAAAAUAAUAGAUAUGUGCCAUAAGGACUUCCAGUACACUAGUGUUUAGCAUCGUUUGUCAUAAUUGCCUGUUUGUAUUCCAUUCUGCUUUGUAAGAAGAUGGAUUAUUGACUUUGUAUUACAAAAUACUGUGUUGCCUGUGUUUUGUGUAAUAUGUGUCAAAUAGCAUGACAAAAGGGAAAGGGGUUUAAUAAAUAAUUUUGUAAGAAAGAACCUUGUAAAAUA